UGUUAGUUUAAGUUGUGACAGAGAUUAAAAGUUAAACAAACAUGAGUUUUAAUAAAUUUUGUUUGUAACAAUUUUGGAAACAAUUUUCAAACACAUCAAAAGCAAGUUUAAAACGUAUAUCUUUUAUUUAAUUUUUGAACGUUGAUAUUUUGUUUCCUUUAUCUUUAUUACUGAAAUGAAUUUGAUCAAACUAUUUGUAUUUGUUUUGGUAUUAAUUGGUAGUCUAAUGAUCAAUUCAGUAGAUUCAGAGUGCUGCAAACAUGCUUGUUGCGGAAAUUUCCGCUGCUGUGGAAGCGGCAGAUGCAACAUAUUUUGUUGCAACUGCAAUAACGACAGCCGUGGUUGUCUUUCUUGUACAAAAACUCUAUUUCAAACAAUGUUCGGAGUUUUUUCAUGCGUUGGAUGUGCUAAAGGUAAAAUUACGUCUUGCAUAAAAUGUGUACGUGCUGGAAAAAAGAGACGUGACGUAUCAUAUCUAAGAGAGAGAACUGCACAAUCGAUAAUGGAGGAGGCUGACGAAAAUCAAGAUGGUUUUAUGGAUGUUUUAGAAGCAGCUGAAUUUCUGGCAGCUGAUAACAAACUCCACAUUAAUGAAGUUGAAAUGGCAAAAAAGAGUGCUGACUACAUACCAAAUUGGUUCCUUCAUAUGGAUGCAAACAAAGAUGGACUUAUUGCGCUUCAUGAAUUGGAUAGUUUAGAGUAGUUUAUAUCUAAAUGCUAAGAGUUUUUAAAAACCGUACUUUUACUAGUUUUUUUAAUAUAAAUUUUGAGACAAA